GGAGCAGUCUCUGCCAGGAGCUAAUAUGGCUCCUAUAGUUACACCAUCCUCUCUCUUCCUCUAAUCAGCGACUUGACUGCCCAGACCAGGCUACCGAUCAGGAGCUAAGUCUCCUUUGCCGCUCCUGACCGCAGCUACAGGAGAGACAGAAAUAGGGUGCACCUCGCGGAGUUGAUCUCCGUAACCAGGGAAACACCACUUCCGCUGACGUCAUUACGGCGACACGUGGAUCCAAGAUGGCGGCGGCGAUGGAUUGGUUGUCAUGGUCCCUGCUGCUUCUCUUCCUCAUGUGUGAAACAAGAGCCUUCUAUGUCCCUGGGGUGGCACCAAUCAACUUCCACCAGAACGACCCUGUUGAAAUCAAGGCUGUGAAGCUCACCAGCUCUCGAACCCAGCUACCUUAUGAGUAUUACUCACUGCCCUUCUGCCAACCCGGCAAAAUAACCUACAAGGCAGAGAAUCUGGGAGAGGUGCUGAGAGGGGACCGGAUUGUCAACACCCCUUUCCAGGUUCUCAUGAACAGCGAAAAGAAGUGUGAGGUUCUGUGCAGCCAGUCCAACAAGCCAGUGACCCUGACCGUGGAACAGAGCCGGCUUGUGGCCGAGCGGAUCACGGAGGACUACUACGUCCACCUCAUUGCCGACAACCUGCCUGUGGCCACCCGGCUGGAGCUCUACUCCAACCGUGACGGCGAUGACAAGAAGAAAGAAAAAGAUGUGCAGUUUGAACAUGGCUACCGGCUUGGCUUCACGGAUGUCAACAAGAUCUACCUGCACAAUCACCUCUCGUUCAUCCUUUACUACCAUCGGGAGGACCUGGAAGAAGACCAGGAGCACACAUACCGCGUCGUCCGCUUCGAGGUGAUUCCCCAGAGCAUCAGGCUGGAGGACCUCAAAGCAGAUGAGAAGAGUUCAUGCACCCUGCCUGAGGGUACCAACUCCUCACCCCAAGAAAUUGACCCCACCAAAGAGAAUCAGCUGUACUUCACCUACUCCGUACACUGGGAGGAAAGUGACAUCAAAUGGGCCUCUCGCUGGGACACUUACCUGACCAUGAGUGACGUGCAGAUCCACUGGUUUUCUAUCAUUAACUCUGUCGUGGUGGUCUUCUUCCUGUCAGGCAUCCUGAGCAUGAUUAUCAUUCGGACCCUCCGGAAGGACAUCGCCAACUAUAACAAAGAGGAUGACAUUGAAGACACCAUGGAAGAGUCUGGGUGGAAGCUGGUGCACGGCGAUGUCUUCAGGCCCCCCCAGUACCCCAUGAUCCUCAGCUCCCUGCUGGGCUCAGGCAUUCAGCUCUUCUGUAUGAUCCUCAUCGUCAUCUUUGUGGCCAUGCUUGGGAUGCUGUCGCCUUCCAGCCGGGGAGCUCUCAUGACCACGGCUUGCUUCCUCUUCAUGUUCAUGGGGGUGUUCGGUGGAUUUUCCGCUGGCCGUCUAUACCGCACUCUGAAAGGCCAUCGGUGGAAGAAGGGAGCCUUCUGUACAGCGACGUUGUACCCUGGUGUGGUUUUCGGCAUCUGCUUUGUGCUGAAUUGCUUCAUCUGGGGAAAGCACUCAUCAGGAGCGGUGCCCUUCCCCACCAUGGUGGCCCUGCUGUGCAUGUGGUUUGGGAUCUCCCUGCCUCUCGUCUACCUGGGCUACUACUUCGGCUUCCGCAAGCAGCCGUAUGACAACCCAGUGCGCACCAACCAGAUUCCCCGGCAGAUCCCUGAACAGCGGUGGUACAUGAACCGAUUUGUGGGCAUUCUCAUGGCUGGGAUCCUGCCCUUUGGUGCCAUGUUCAUCGAGCUUUUCUUCAUCUUCAGUGCAAUCUGGGAGAAUCAGUUCUAUUACCUCUUUGGCUUCCUGUUCCUCGUCUUCAUCAUCCUGGUGGUGUCAUGCUCGCAAAUCAGCAUCGUCAUGGUAUACUUCCAGCUGUGUGCAGAGGAUUACCGCUGGUGGUGGAGGAAUUUCCUAGUCUCUGGAGGAUCUGCAUUCUACGUCCUGGUCUAUGCCAUCUUUUAUUUUGUUAACAAGUUGGACAUCGUGGAGUUCAUUCCUUCUCUCCUCUACUUUGGCUACACGGCCCUCAUGGUCCUGUCCUUCUGGCUCCUCACGGGCACCAUCGGCUUCUAUGCAGCCUACAUGUUUGUCCGCAAGAUCUACGCUGCUGUGAAGAUAGACUGAUGGGGGUGGAUCUUGGCCAGGCCCACUCCGUCCACGGACAGGAAGCCACCCUGCGUGGGGAGCUGCAGGCACGGAAAAUAAAAUAGCUCCUGCUCGUUUGGAAUGUUACGUAACUCCUGGCACAGUGUGGAUCCUGGGACUGUGUGGGGGGCGGGAGGGCCUGUAGAUAAAUCUUGCGUUCUUCUUCAUCAUCUUAUUCCAGUUCUGUGGGGGGGUAAAGUUUUUGUGGUUUGUAUUUUCUUCAGUGCUAAGAAAGUUCCCUCCAGCAGGAACUCUCAGACCUGUUUAUUCAGGUUAAUUUUUCAUUUGGGGUUUUUUUCCUUCGUUUUUUAAACCAACGGAUCCAGCAUGGAUACACCCACUGAGACUCUGGGUUUUGGUCACUCUCUCCACCUCAGUUCCUCAGGGCUGUUGGCCACCCCACGACUAACUGGAAAAGGAAACAUGAGACCUUCUGGAGCUUCAGUGAGGUUUCUAAGCCUCUCACCGUCUAUCCUUACAUUGAUGACGUGACCAGGACAGCUGUAGCCCGGAUGUGCAUCCUCAGUGCCAACCAGCCUCUACCAGCCCCUUUUCCUCUUCUUUUCCUCCCCAGCUUCCUCCCAGGGCUGCCCAAGGCCCGGCUUCCAGCCAGGUCUCCAGGUCAUCUUGUCAUCAGGAGCAAGCCCAAAUCUUGGUUGCUACAAGGAAAUCCCCUGGAAAUACUGGGGGCCAAGUGCCCAGGAUAGCAGGGUUCAAACCAGCUCAGAGCAGCAGGAGUUCGCUGGGCCAGAGAAGAGACUUGCAGUGAACUGUUUUCGUGCCAAGAAACCCUGGAUCUGGAUCCAGGUAUUUCCAGAGCCAAGCCAAGCAUCCACAUGUCUAUGUCUGGGCUGAGGGUCCUCACCCUUUAGGAUUGUUCCCAGCUUCUUCCUCGGGGAAUUGCUGCUCUUUGUAAAGUGUACUGGUGGUGGGGCCUCUCCUCCCCCACUUUGAGGGCAGAACAAGGUCUGGAGACCUCAGAUCCCCCCCUUAGGCGGCUGGAGAGAGGCAGUCCCUCCCUGACAUCUCCAGCCUCAGUGCCCAUGCACAGUUCUUAGCCAGACCCAUCUCCUCUUCCCCCGUCUGAGUUCUUGCCUCCCUUUGGGGACACGCAGAAAUCUACAGAUGAGAAGGAAGAUGGAAAGUUCUGUCAUUCCUUCCCCAGUCUCCCAAGUUAGAAUGAGAGAACUAACAUGGCAAACCUGGCUCCUCAGUCAACACUCACUCUUGGGGCCAACCCCCUGCCCACCCCACGCAUGUCACAAGCAUUUGCUCUUGAAUUGCAAGAGACCAAACUCGCCCUGGGAUUAUGGUUUAGGUAACAAUCACUUACCCUUUUUCUAGCCCCUUUGAGACUCCCACCACAAGACAAAUGCUCAGGAGGCUGGUUAAGCUAGGAACAUACUCAGCCCCCUUUCCCCGCCCAGAUUCUUUCAGUGCCCCUGACCCCAACCAGCUCCACCAAUCAAACCAGUGAAAUUCUCAACCUUGCCUCACAGUGACUGCAGUGCCAAGUGGCAGCCACCAAGAAUUAGGUUGGAGAAAAGGGAACCCAAGCAGUAGAGAAUAAUGAGUCUUGUUUAUUUAAAUCUUGGAUUUUUUUUCCCUAAGAGAUUCUCUUUGGGGGGCGGAUAGGGAAACAGAUUCAUAAAGGGUUUAAACAUCAUCGCUUUUUCUGACUUUUUUAAUCAUCAUCAUUAUUAUUUUUAAUUAAAAAAAAAUGUCUGCCUUUUUUUGAUCCAAUUGUAAAUAAAUAUGCCAUUGUCCUGUU